AUGUUGGCAAUGUCAGAGCCACAAGACAUUUGCCAAGUCUUCAGACCAGAAACCAAGGAGGAAUUCUCUAGUACCCAGAACUUAUUGGAGUCCUGUGUUCAAGCCAGUGUACCAGCCUUCAUCUUCUGCAGCUCAGUUGGUGUUGCAGGGCCCAACUCCUACAAAAAGAUUGUCCUGAAUGGCCAUGAGGAAGAGCAUCAUGAAAGCACAUGGCCUGAUCCAUACCCAUACAGCAAAAAGAUGGCUGAGAAGGCAGUGCUGGCAGCCAAUGGGAGCAUCCUGAAAAAUGGUGGCACUUUGUAUACUUGUGCCUUAAGGCCCAUGUACAUUUAUGGGGAGAGAUGUCCAUUCAUUUUGAAAAUAAUAAUUACAGCACUCAAAAAUAAGGGUAUUCUGAGUGCUACUAGCAAAUUCUCCAUAGCCAACCCAGUGUAUGUAGACAAUGUGGCUUGGGCACACAUUCUGGUGGCCAGGGGCCUUCGAGACCCCAAGAAGUCACCAAAUAUCCAAGGGCAGUUCUACUACGUCUCAGAUGACACCCCUCACCAAAGCUAUGAUGAUUUAUAUUAUACCCUGAGCAAGGAGUGGGGUUUCCACCUUGAUUCCAGCUGGAGCCUUCCUCUGCCCCUGCUCUACUGGCUUGCCUUCCUGCUGGAAACUGUGAGCUUCCUGCUGAGUCCAGUCUACAGGUAUCGACCUCUCUUUAACCGCCACUUGGUCACACUAGCAAAUAGCACGUUCACUUUCACCUACAAGAAAGCUCAGCGAGAUCUGGGCUAUGAGCCACUUAUCAGCUGGGAGGAAGCCAAACAGAAAACCUCAGAGUGGAUCGGGACACUAGUGCGGCAGCACAGGGAGACACUGGACACAAAGUCUCAGUGA